ACUGUGCUCGAGUCUUAGUAACUAUUGGACUGAAGUUAAAUGAGUUAAAUAAAUAAUAUUAUUCAUCUUAUUGUAACUUGUUUAUGGUAGUAUUGAAGGUUAGGUAUUGACUCAACAAAAAGAGAAAUUAUAUUAUUCAAUAUUGAGAAGUUUAAAUAUUUAAAAGUUUGAAAAUAUUUAAUAGUUUGGAAAUGAGUAAAAUAGUUCCUGCUGUUCACCAUGGCCUCGAAGCCAAACUUAUUGAAUGUCCAUAUGAUAAAUCUCAUCCGAUAUUACCGGAUAGGAUGCAAGUACAUUUAGUUCGUUGCCGAAGAUCCCACCCUGACGAGAUGAAGGUUCCAUGUCCAUUCAAUUCAACUCAUGUGGUGGGACAGUGUGAAUUAGAGUAUCAUAUUGCAAAUUGUCCAGAUCAGAAAACAUUAGUUAGCCAACUAAUCGAAUACGAAUCUGAAGAAAGAAUUUUCGAACCUAUUCCUAUCAUAAAUACUGAUGUGGAAUGUUCUGAAAAUUGGGAUGACGUUAACGUGCCAACUUAUGAUCCCACUGAACAUUUAGAAAACAACGUAAUAAUAAGAAAUAUGCAAGUACGUCCUCCAAGUGAACGUAAGGCGUUUCGCGCACAAGAAUAUAGGCGUAUUGAAGCUUUAAAGGAUAGAAACAGAGAUAAUGCUGGUAGAAAAGAUAAUGUUUCUUCGAUGAAUGAAUCUAAGGUGGCAACGUUUCGUCGUCCGAACACUGUUUCUGUAACAAAAAAAGCUACAACAGCUGCUAAUAAUGCUUGGAACGAGGACCAUAUGAGUCAAACCAGUACCGUGCAGACAGCAAUAAGCACUGGAUAUGACUCUUCCGAUGUUGAAGUAACAAGCCAAUUUGGUAAUAUGACUUUAAAGAACACCAAUGAUGGAUUUAUUACUGUCCGUUCGCGUAAAAAGUCAAAUAUGGCAGCACGCGGACGUGGUAAAAGGAAUCCAUUGAAUUGCAGUUGAAUGGAAUAAAAAAUAUUGUUAUGGUCCAUGUAAUAAACAUAUGUUAACGUAAUUUUGAAGUUUCCGUCAGAUUGUAAACUGAUUACAAAAAACUACCCCAACUAGCGCUAACUCAACACAUAUUAACAAAAACAACUCAUUGCGUUAUGUUUAGUUGGUCUGGGUUGAGUUAGCACGAGUUGUGGUGGUUUUUGACCCUUUUUUUGUAAAGUUAAAUUUACAAUUUUACUAGUCAAUUUACAAUCUGGUAGAAAUUUCAAUAUUACGAUGAAAUAUAUAUCCAAUGCAUAUUUAGUAACUUUCUGUUACAGUGACUGCUAAGCCUUGAAAUAGGUGUGAUAAUAACGCAAAUCUGAUGCGAUGUUAAAAUAUUUAUCAAAAAUGAUUCACAGAAUUAAGAUUUGUAACCUUUAAUAACUUAGCCGUGACGCGCAGUGUCGUAAAUAAUAUAAUAUGAGCAAAAUUUCCGAACUCAUCAAUUCACACAGUAUAGAGACAAUUUAUAUGUAGAAGGCGAUAUAAAAUAUACAGGCAGUGUAUCUACACCUAUGAAAUUUGUUACACUCAUUCUUUAGAAAUUCGUAAUUAUUCUUACCCUUGACACUGUUGGCAAUUGCUUUUAUAGCUAUUAAAUUUUUUAAUUGUGGUUACAAAAAAGGUUUUGUAAAAUUUAGUCAAAGAUAAAUUUACAGAUAAUUAUUCUCGUUGCGUUUAUACACCAUGGACUGACUAUUCGCUGAAAUACAAAACUUACCCUAAACAAAAACCUAUAACUUUGGUUUUUAUUAAAAAAAGAAAAAUUUUUUUGUUUUAAAAAUUUGACUUAGUGUAUGCAAUUUAUAAUUCUAGCCCGUCAUUAAAAAGCUAUCAGAGAAAUUACCUUUUAAUUUUAAAUCCAUACACGCUAAAAUGAUUUAUUUUAAUUAAUUACUUAUUUUUUGGUCCAAAAUAAAUAUUACAAAAUUUGUUAAACUAAUAGAAAAAUUACUUUUAUAGAUGUUACAUGCUUAUACCUCCUAAAUCUAAAAUUUUGCAGGAUGAUACUCUUGACCUUAAUGUGAAAGUUUUUAGGGUUCCGUACCCGGAAGGUAACCAACGGAACUCUAUUACAAAGUUAAGAAUUGUUAAUUAUUAUCACCAGUAUUUUCCUUUUUAGAUAAACUAUGUACAUUAAACUAAUUUCGCGUUAAUAGUUAUUUUGUAAGCACGUGUAUAAUUUUAUAUGCCACUUGUACUAUUCUUCAAUUCUCCAAGAAAUUAUAUUUGAGUAGAAAACGCAAUAUAUGCGCUUAUAUAACAAUACCAUUUAAGUAACAUUUGAUAAAUUUUCUUUAGGAAAGACUAAAAAGUGUAUAUUUCUUUCCAAAUUCUUUAGAAAUAAUAAAUCCAUUAACGGGUAUUUAUUAGCUUUAGCUACGAUGUAUUCGUUAAAAUAAGUGCAAUUUUUUGAAGAAUUUAAAAUGAAACACUUUUUUCACUUUCCUGAAAACCUGUUCAAAUGUUACUUGCGCGGUAUUGUUAUAUAAGUGACGGUAUCCACAAUUAAUACAGAAUACAGAGUAUUCUUUGGUAUCUGUAAAAUCGAUGUAUUUCUAUUAGCUAGCAUGUUUUGUACCGUUCUUAUAGACCAUAAAUUCUUAAAUGAAAUGUUUAGAAAUAAUAUAUAAAGGCAAACGAUAAACUUAAACUUUAAGUUAGUGAAACUUUUCUAAGUGAUAUGUAUAUAUUUCAAAAUAUUUUUAAUUCAAAUUUAUAAAAGUUAUCAAAUAAAAUUUAAAUGUAAGAUGAGCAACUUUGAUUUAUACAUCGAUGUUUUUUGCCGAAUUGAAAUAUGCAGUAUGGGACAAAGUCCUGCAAACCAUUACAAAUUCUUUAUUCAUGUAAUGAUUCUAAGCAAAAUUUCUUAUAUUGGUCAACAUCCCAAAUACCAUUGUACAGUCGGUUAUCUAAUUGUAAAUGAUCAAGAUUAUACUAUAUAAAUGUUUAUGAGACGUUUGGCAUUUAUUAUUUAUAUAUUAAUGAGCGUGUGUAGCACGUUUGUCUUUUUUAGAUUUAGCUCACCUAUACAUUAUCUUUAUCUUUUUUACUAUAGAAUUAUAAUAGGUGCUAAAUUCACAGGAAGAGCGACUAUAAUCUUUUUAAACUGAACAAUACCAAUGCCAUAAUAAACUGAACUUGAUUCUUGAGUUACUUGAAAAAUUUAAGUUGCUCAUCUAAAUUUUAAAUGAUAUUGAAUAUUAAAAUUUUAUAAUUUUUUACUUGUAUAAAAAUAAUAAAAGUACGUGCACACUAUAACCAAAGGUU